UAUUUUUGUACUAUAGUAAUGCACGUCAUAGCUGUAGCGUGGGAGAAUAUUGGAACGUAUGGCAUAUUGUGUCGAAUACGUUUCGUAGCGAGCGAGCAUGGCGCGACGGCCGGCCGUCCGACAAAAAAGAGCGUUUGUUUUUAUUUCUUUGGCGCGGAAAAAAAUCACGCGCCCGCCCUGCACCUCCUAAACAUGCGCCACGCAGCGACGCAGACUCGCCGGGCUGAAUUCACUUUCAUUUGCGACAUCGUCUCCCGAAGGUCAUUGUGCACCACUGUCCUUUGAACUUCGACUUCCGACGGCUCCCGCUCCGAAUUAGACGGAGAUGCCCGGCCACGAUUUUAAAUCGAUUAAAUGCGAACCAACGACGAAAGAUAAUAUUAGCCAGCAAAUCACUAUGGACAUUUGGUAUCACGCGGAGUCGAAUCUGCAGCCAGUUACCAGUCAUUUGUUGCAUCAGUUGCACGGUACCCUGGAAGAGCUAGCGCCAGCGCCGGCGGGGCCCGCCGCGACGCCGGUGGAGGAGCACCUCCCGUCACCGACAGAGGCGUCGUUAGCGACCCUGCAGCCAGCACCCGUAGGAAAUACGAUGGGUAGUUCAAUAAUCGACAUGCACGCGAAGAUGAUGAGCGCGACGGAGGUGGCCGACUCCGGAGACUUCGUUCCGCUCAUGCCGGUCAAGGAUGAGCUAUCCGAGAGUGAACAGCAACAGAGCAGCGACGACACCAGCGACUCCGCCCCGGAGCAGGCGGUGGGCCGCGGAAGCCCCAAGGCGUGGUCGCCGCAGGACAUGGACAGCGCGCUCGACGCGCUCCGGACACACAACAUGACUCUCACUAAGGCAUCAGCAACGUUCGGCAUUCCGUCCACAACGCUAUGGCAGCGCGCGCACCGCCUUGGCAUAGACACGCCGAAGAAAGAUGGCGCCUCCAAAUCCUGGAGCGAAGAUGACCUGAAGGGGGCGUUGGACGCGCUGCGCGCCGGCAUCAUUUCCGCUAACAAAGCUAGCAAAGCUUAUGGCAUCCCCAGCAGCACUCUGUACAAGAUAGCGCGGCGCGAGGGCAUCCGUCUGGCGGCGCCGUUCAACGCCGCGCCCACCGCGUGGCGGCGCGCCGAUCUCGCACGCGCGCUCGCCGCCGUGCGGGCGGGCGCCGCCGUGCAACGUGCCGCGUCGCACUAUGGGAUACCCACAGGGACUCUAUAUGGACGUUGCAAGCGAGAGGGAAUAGAGCUGUCUCGCUCUAACCCGACGCCGUGGUCGGAAGGUGCUAUGGAGGAGGCGUUGGAAGCUGUCAGGGUGGGUCAGAUGUCGAUCAACCAGGCGGCCAUCCACUUCAAUCUGCCGUACUCGUCGCUGUACGGUCGCUUCAAGCGCUGCAAGAUUCAGCCGCCGCAGGGCAUCCAAUCUUCAAGUCACAUGGAGUUCUCUGAACAGAUGGAUCAUCAGUUCUCUCCGGACAUGAUAUCCGGUUUGGACGACAUACAUCGGACAUAUACCCUGGCGGAUAUCCUAGACGUACAGUCGUGCACACAAGAGUCAAACGAUGAGUACACUGUACAGCCGCGAACACAAGCGGAACAUUCGCAGAUUGUAUCGUAUGUACAGACGCGAUCACCGGACGCCAUAGAUAAAAGGCAGGUCCAACACCAACAAGAGGUACAGUCGAACACUGAGCUGCAAUCUGCACACGCACCUGUACAAUCACGACCACAAGCGGAGCUAGGAUCGUAUGUACAGACGCGUACACUCGAAUCCAUAGAUAUGCGAGACGUUCGGCGAGAGCUUCAGUCGAGCGAAGGGCGUCUACAAACUGCGCAGGCGCCUUUACAGUCGCGACCACUAGUGUCUUCACUGGGUAACUCGUACGUACAGUCCAUUGAUAAGCGACACGACGAGCAGGUACAGUCGGGUGCAGAAGUGCGAGCGUUUAGCGGCGUGCAUCAAGCACUGUACGCGCUCGAGCCGUGCGGCCCCGCCUACUGCGUCGCCAGCUGAGGCCCCGCCCCCGGGGACACGCCCCCGUGACGUCAACCCUUGAGGUUCAACAGCUAAGUGACUCUACAGUCUACACUGACUCUACUAUAUAA